AGUACCACUCGAUCAUCCGUAGUGAUAUUAAAAAUACCUGUGAUCGCAACACACUGAUAAAAAAUUUACUUAUCUGAAUGGCACUCGAAAUCUAAUUCAGUAUAAAAUGCCAUCAAACUUUGUUGUAAAUUAUUUUAGUAUGAAUCCCCAGAUCGUAUUACUGCCUUUAUUGGCAUGUUUUUUAAUAUCCAGCACAUUAGGUACUUAUAUUAGCCCUUUCAAGUUAAAAGAGGUUGAAUAUCAUGGGGAAGAUGUUGGUGAGCCAUUAAUACUGACACCACUAUUGGAAAAAGGGAAAGUGAAACAAGCUAGGGCAGCUGCCAAAGUGUCACUAGGUGGUGUGGCUAAGGAUGUAGCUAGUUAUGCUGGUUACUUGACUGUAAAUAAACAGUACAACUCUAACCUAUUCUUUUGGUUUAUCCCAUCAACUGGUGACUACGUAAACGAUCCAGUAUUGUUAUGGCUACAGGGAGGUCCUGGCAGUCCAUCUAUGUACGGUCUUCUGAUGGAGCAUGGACCAUUUGCAAUCAACGACGACAUACAACUGGAAAGAAGAGAACACUGCUGGACUAACAACCAUUCAGUCAUCUACAUAGACAGCCCCGUAGGCACUGGAUUCAGUUUUACCAAAUCCGAAAAAGGUUACGCCACAGAGCAAACUCAAGUUGGAAGUGAGCUGUACAAGGCACUCCAGCAGUUCUUCCAGCUCUUCCCAGAACUGAGGAAGAAUGAUUUUUAUAUCACUGGAGAAUCGUAUGGAGGGAAGUACGUUCCUGCACUGGCUUACACAAUUCACAAAAAUAACCCCGAUGCAAAAGAAAAAAUAAAUUUGAAAGGAAUUGCUAUUGGAAAUGGGUACACAGAUCCAGUGCAUCAAAAAGGUUAUGCUGAGUACGUAUAUCAGCUCGGAUUGGUUGAUGAGGAAACAGCCAAGGCAAUAAAGCGGUAUGAAGUAAAAGCAACUGAGCUCAUCUACAAAAAAGACUUCCGUCGAUCGGUAGAAAUGUGGGGUGCUGCUCUCAACGAAAUCAGGCACACUGGGGUGAGCUACUACAACUACCUUAAGGAAGAAGAUGACGCUUUGCAGGACGCGAUGAUCUUAUUCCUCAACAAGCCUGGUACUAGACGAGCCUUACAUGCUGGUAGUGUCACUUUUGGAUCAGACAAGGUGUACGAUUAUCUACGAGAAGAUAUGGCGAAAACCAUCGCACCCUGGUUUGUUGUCGUAGCCAAUCAUUAUAGAGUACUGUUGUAUUCCGGCCAACUAGACAUCAUUGUGGCAUAUCCGCUGACCCUGAACUUUUUGGAAAAUGUAGAGUUUAAUGGCAUUCACGAAUAUCGUAAGGCUCAAAGGAAACUUUGGUAUGUUGAGAGGGAGAUAGCCGGAUACAGCAAGAGUGGUGGAAACUUCACUGAAGUUUUAGUGAGAGAUGCUGGCCACAUGGUACCAGCUGAUCAACCGAAGUGGGCUGAAGAUUUGAUUUAUAGGUUCACAAGAAAUCAACCAAUUCAUUAAUAUUGUUCAAUGUUCAAUAGUUUAUAAAUAAAAGUGAUACAUUGCCAACCUUUAUUUUCCAUACUUCAAGAGACGAAUGUGGC